AUUCUUUCUACUUACAUACUUUAUUAAUCCUUUUAUUCUCCCCACAACCCCCAUAUUAACCUCCUCCUGUUUACUCGGUUACUUAUCUCUCGGAAUUCCACCUCCCGCGUCCACCUCAACCCACCAUGGCCGACUCCAACAGCUUUGGGGAUGUCAGCUAUCCCAAUCCCAACGGUGACAACACCGGCAAUGUCUUCACAAAGGGCCCCGUCGUGGAUAAUAUCAAAUCCGAAGCCUCCCGCACCGGUCAAGAAUUCCGGGAGUUGAGCAACUCCAAAGUCGCGCCCGACACCACCACCGCCACCGGCCAGCCCCUGACCUAUUACCACUCCCUGCUGUACAGUCUGUUGAGCUGGGAACAACCCCGUGCUACCGCCACCUCCUUCGCCAGCGUCGUGGUCUUCAUCUUCGCCGCCCGUUACCUGCCUCUUCUGCGCUGGUUCUUCAAGUUCAUCUAUGUCGCGCUUGGCUUCAUGGCCGCGUUGGAGAUCGGCGGCAAGGUUGCCCUGUCCUAUGGCCUCGCCAGCUCGUUCCGCCCCCGCAAGUACUACACCAUCCCCAAGGAGACCAUUGAGGCGGUCCUGGAGGAUCUCGAGCAGCUGUUCGACUUUGUCCUCAUCGAGUUCCAGCGCGUUCUGUUCGUGGAGAACAUUGUCCACACCCUUGCUUCUUUCUUUGCAGCCUAUACCGCCUACUGGCUGAUCAAGUUCCUCCCGUUCUGGGGCCUGUCCCUCUUUGCGGUGAGCGUGGCCUACCUGGGUCCCCUGGUCUACAUCAACAACCGUGAAGUCAUCGAUGCCCAGAUUGAGAAGGCGCAGGCGAUGGUCAACGACCAGGCCAACCAGAUCAAGGAUCUGGCGGAGGAGCGUACGACCCAGGCCACCGGUCUCAUGAAGCAGUACGUCGACGACUACAGCGCCAAGGCCCAGGAGUACAUUGGCCAGCGCCGUUCUACCUCACCGGAGAUGGCCAAGGUCGCCAGCCCCGUGAUCAAGAAGGAGCCGGUGCCCGAGCCCGCCGUCAAGACCUCCGACUUUCCGGAGGCGCCCCAGCAGGAGCCCCAGCAGGAGUCCCAGCAGGGGUCCCAGCAGGAGCCCGUGGUAGAGUCCAUCGAGACCUCCCGUCCCGCGCAGGUCCAACAGGAGCCGCUCUUGGCUGUGUAAAGGAUGCUCCCAAGGCCGCCCCUUCAUCUGCCGCCGGGUCCUCCUUCCUCCUUUCGGAUGGUGGGCGCUUGGUGGCAUAGUGACGGAUUCUUUCCCUUGC